GUCAUCUCUAGUACCAAAAGCAAACAUGCAAAAAUGCAAAACACAAGUUAUUGAUUUUUUAUCAUAAGUUCAAAGUUGGAGGUGAAAUAAUAUCAAUACUUAUUACAUAGGAAUUAUAGUCAAACCUGGCUACACGGAUUUCUACGAACCGUAAAAUUUCACAGUAAUCUGAGUACCAAAAAUUAUUUUUUGUGGCUCUAAAUCUAUCCGCGUGAAUUGCAUUGGGAUGUAAAUUUGUUAACAGCAUCACUGUUUAAGUUGGAGAUGGAGAGCGACGAAACUCUAAUUAAUUUGAACAAAAAGGCACCUGAUUUGCUAUUUAAUCAAUGUAUUCACUUGCUAGUGGACAAUAUAAAUGUGAUUUCAACUGAAGAUCAAGUGAGCAAAAGAAGAAUAUUGAAUGAUGACAUUCACCUCCCUAGCACAAUCUGUGAACAAUUUCUGGAGGUGUAUCAAAAAACUAAACGUCUUACCGACGAUAUCUGUUUCUUGUUUAAUGAUGUUGACCGCACCGGCCUCACCAAAAUAAAAAUCUUCAAUUGUAAAUUGACAAAUGCAGGCUUUCUUUGCCUGAUGCAACAUAAGCCUGUUUACCUGGAACUAAAAAACUGUAAUUUUGUAACUAAAAAAACAAUGAAUGUUAUAUAUCAGCAUUGUGAGAAUUUAAAAUACUUGAAAUUUUUGAAUAUUCAUUUUCAACAUGCCACCGAUCGCAUGAAAUUAAGUCGACAAAAUGACUGGUACAAUAUUAAUAGUAUUGAAAUUAGUCAUCCAAGGGGGAUGGUUACAUUACCCUUAUUUAUACCAAAACACAGUUUAAAUUUAACCUGUCUUGAUAUGUCUUAUUAUGCACCUAAACAUAUUACACUGAUUAAAAGAUUACACAGUCUGGAUACAUUAAUUCUGUUUAAUGUUCAACCCUGUAAAGAUAUAAUUGAAUGGAUUUGCCAAAUGCGCACACUAAAAAAAUUAGAUUUGUCUCAUUCAAAUGAAUCUAGUGGUGCCUAUGUGAAUCCAAAUGAUGUGUUAUCAAGAUUGGUUACAAGUCUUCCACAUCUUACACAUUUGGAUAUAUCUGGGACAAACCUAGCAGGUAGUGGAGCAUCUGUUAUAGAUGGAGGAAACGUAUGUGACAUACCAGGUCUUGUGACUCGUGUAAAAAGACCAUUGGAAUUCUUAGGUCUAUAUAAAACAUCUCAAUCAGCCUGCACUCGUCAUGAUAUUCCCGCUAGAGAGAUAUCUGGUGAUGGAAAUGAAAAGCAGAUUUUGAUAGCUGCUUCUGCAUACUUUUGGAGACCAUCUCUUUUACAUCACGUCAUUAAUGAUAUUAUAUACUUAAUACUAAAACAGGAGAGAGUCCCAUAUAUGGGCCGAGUAUUAAGAAUUGUCCUCAAUGCCAUGGAGACCUAUAAAAAUAAUAAACAUAUACAUAUUGUUGGAAAUGCUGCCCUGUACUACAUAGUAAGACAUAUUGAGAAAACCAAUGUUGGUUUACAUCUGAAGCGAAGAAUCAUAAAAGUAAUAAUGGAUGGAAUGGAAGCCCAUGAACAAGAUUCACCCGUUUUGCGGAACGGCUUCCUUACACUUACUCAGUUCAAAUUUCCCAAAGAUGUGCUCCAUGAAUACGAACGAAUGGUUCAAAUUCUCCUUGAUACAAUCACAACUUGUGAUGAAAGGAAUACACAAAAAACUGCUGUGGCUCUUCUCAACUCUUUAGCAUGCCAUGUCAGUGGCACCAUGAAACAAUUUUUAGGAGAGGAGGAAGGUCUUAGCACAAUGCUGUGGCUAAUUGAGCAGCGCAUAGAUAGUACAGAGUAUGAUAACAUACUGGAAAUUGCCUGGUCCACCUUGUGGAACAUGACUGAUGAGACUCCGAAGAACUGUAAACAAUUCCUUGACCGUGGGGGUAUUCGUUACUUCCUAUAUUGUAUGAAGUAUUUCCCAUACUGUGAAGAUUUGCUACGUAGCAUGUUGGGUCUGAUGGGAAAUGUUGCAGAGGUUGCCCAGUUGAGGCCAGUACUUAUGUACAGACCAUUUGUAUACGCACUGCACAGAAUACUGAAAUACAGUGAUUAUGAUGAUGGCUUUGAGAUAUUGUACAACGCAGCUGGCGUACUAGCGAACAUGUUGGCUGAUGGUCCCGAAGCGUGGACGGUUUCCAGGCCAUCCCGUCCAAGAAUGCUGAAUUUACUUUAUGACGUAAUCGAAGGCUGGAAUUUGAGGAACGAGCGGAACAUUAAUUACCGUUCCUUGCGGCCAAUACUGGCGCUCCUACGAGUGACUCAUACACCACUAUGCCAAAUCUGGGCAUCUUUCGCGCUUGCCAACCUUACAUUCGUCAGCCCGAAUAAGUACUGCAAGUUAUUUAUUGACGAGGGUGGCUUGGACAUAGUCCAUCAAGUUCUUCAAUCAGUUCAGAAUGUGGACGUGCUCCUGCAUUCGCGUAUUCUUGUCCAGAACUGCAGCAGCUACAUGGUACAAGCUGUAAUUGAGGAGCCGGAAGAGGAGAAUAUGGAUAUAUAGCCCAUAGAGUACCUCGAGGGUAUUGAACUCGUCCUACCGAAUCGAUUGUAAACGGUUUUGCUCAAAGAUGUCGCAAUUACAUUAACAUAAAGUCUGAUUUAUAAUUAAAACUUAAAAAUGUAAACAAAAUGUCACGAUAUUUAAUUUUUUUAUCUACACCCAGGCUUUAAAUCCUCUAUUAAAGACAGUUAGCUUAUUGCCAACAUUAAAACACCCAAUGUUCUAAUAACCAUUACAUCAUCCAAACGAGUGCUGUAAUAUUGUACUGAAUUUCAUAACACUCCUAUGUUUUUUUUUCGAUCCGCUCAUGCGAGAGUUUCAAUAGACAGCCACAUUCUUAUUGCUCGAUGCGUGGUAUCUGUAUGAAUAUCAAAAAAAGAACAUUUUCGUGUACGCGCGUUCCACACUACCAGAAAUCGCGCGCCGUAAAAAAGUAGAUUAUUCGAAUCCCCGCCAAUUUUAUUGUUUUGUUUACAAAAAAUGAGCGAUUCAUUUUAAACGCUGCAAAAGAACAUUAUAUUCGAGUGAACUUUAAUUAUUGCACUAUACAAAAUGUAUAUUACUACUAAAAUAAAUAAUUGUUUCAUUAAUACUUAGUUUAUUUCUAUAUAAGCAGUAAUUAAUGAUAUUAGGUUACUACUAGGACUGGUGUUUUAAUGUUAGCAGUAAGCUAACUGUUUCAGAAUCUUUUAGAGGAGUCAUAUUCUGGGUGUAGUUAAAGUCUUGUAUGCAACUGUUGAUAAUUAGGUAUUAAACGUGUGAUACUAUUAUCACACGAUGCUUGGCCUCGUGUGAUAAAUCCACAUUCGUGUUCUAAUACCCCUUAUUACACAACAGUUGCAUAAAUAACUAAAAAUUGUAUUGGUUGAGAUACAUUCGAAGUAUUGGUGUGAGUUAAAUACCUACCGUCGAUUGUCAUGUUUAAAAUCAAACAAAUUAACCACUUCACAACAGAGCUUCUCUUUGGGCUUGGGAGUCGGUUGAUAUAAAAUAGUAUAUAUUUUUUCAGUUGUUUGUUUCAUUGUCACAUAUGGGUUUAUUUAUUCAUAGCUGAACAGUGCAGCCAAUGGGAAUGUUAAUGAAAUCAGCGACAUCUUGUAAAAGUAAUGUAAAAACUAACCGUUUGAAUUGAUUCGCAACAAUCACUUAUAUUCUUGGAAUAUGUGAUAUGAACAAUGUUAAAGUGAACACAAGUGAAGUGUUAAAGUUAAAUGAUAUGAUUAAAAUUCUAUCGGAACUCUGUGACAGAGAUGUUCAUUUUUGAAUGAAUAAUAAUAUAAGGAACUUAUAAUAUUUGCCAUAUAUGUAUAAAUGUCGGCAAACUAGAUUUAAGUGCAUGGUUAUAUUCUUAUAUGUGGUUUAUAAUCGGAGCGCGCGAUUCACUUGCGACAUCUGUUUCAACCAGUUGUACGGACGGCUACGCACGUAGUUGUUGGAAAGGAUAGCACGUUUUCUGCAUGUGGUGAAAUACAGAAGAGUUGAUCAGUACUUCCAUCUUUUCAAACCACUGACGAUACGUCACAAAUGCACAAAUGUUUAGUGGUCAGAGUGAAAACGAGCUAGCCAUGUUCCACCGCGCCCGCACGUUUCAGCGUGAACAAGCACUAAUGCUACAAGUGUCUUUUCAUCAUCUUGGACUUUUUUACUUUUGCCAAAGUAAUUAUGGGAAACGUUAUCAACCUGGAAGGCGACUUUUGAGAGAUGAAUGCUAAAGUUCAAAUCGAGAAUAAUCGAAGGAGCACCCUUUGAGCGUUGACCCACGGCUAAGUAAGUCAAGUCAGUCAUGGGGUAUUGGCGGUCUAAAGUCUUUGAGCACUGACUACCGUUUAAAUCAAGUCAGUCAUGAGGUACUGACGGUUUUAAGUCUAAUGUGUUUGAGCUUUGACUACCGGUUCAGUAAGUCAAGUCAGUUAUGACGUACAGGUUAUAAGUCUAAGUUUAAGUUUUAUUUUCUUAUGAAAUGUUAUAUGGAUGUAUCAAGGUCUAAUAUUAUAUACAAUCACAUUUAUAGAUGAACCUUCAAGCUAAAUUAUGAAGAUACUUAAAUAUUUUGAUUUAUACCAAAUAUUAAUAAUCAAAUGUUAUGUCGCCUAAUUCAUUAUAUAUUGUUCUAUAUUUAAGUUUAAGAUAUAUUAUGCCAUAACAGGCUUAUUGGUGUUAGCGGAUUACUCUACAAAUCUUUAAUGUAAGUGUAGUGUAAGAGUACCAAAUUAUACCGGUACGAAGCGCGCAGGCGAGCAUCUACCACACUCCAGUCGCGAGCAAAGGUUUUCAAUAUUGCCUUUAUUAAAUUGAACAAUAAACAAACCUAUCUCAGAAUUUACUACAGCUAGCAACUAAACUACAUUUAAAGAAUAACGCUGGCAGCCUUAUUGUGAUUAAAUAUAUAUGUGUUCACAUAUUAUUAUAUUGUUUUCAAGCCACAUCCCAAACAUAGGUACUAAUUAGACCGGGCAUUGACCUAUUUUACUAAUUAUGACUCUUGUUCUGAGAAAUUUCAGAAAGAUUAUGUAAAAACUUUUAAAAUUUCGAAUUGAUGUUUGCAAAUCUAAUUGAAAAUUGACAUUAACAGCACAAUGAUGUAAUGCGACCCGUAGGACUAGCUGAUCUUUGUCCCGACUGGAGGCUUAGCUAGUGGAGCUACUUGCAUGUUCGCCUGUUCGCGCCUCGUUCCUGAACAUUAUAUUAUCAGUGUUAUAUGUUAUAUAUCCCAAGUUUAUAUGCAUCUAGUGCGCUUGGGUUGUAGGUUUAAUUAUUGUUUAAGCCUAAUUCAGUCAAACUGAUUGUAGUGGACAUUUUGAGAGUUCUCAAGCACAAUGUGCUUCUGUCUUCAUGUCUAUGUCGUCGAGCGCUCAGUAGAUUCUGUGUAGUACUUUUAAUUAAUAAUAUUAUAAUUAUAUCUAAUAUAAUAGUGUAUUUAAUCAUAGUAAAACCUUUUAAGGUCAUAAACUUCGACAAAUUGAAAAUUAAUGGUCUUCAUGUCUUUCUCGUGGAUCGCUCAGAAGAUUCUGAGUAGUACUUUGAAUUAAUAAUAUUAAAAUUAUAUCUUAUAUAAUAAUGUAUUUAAUCAUAGUAGAACCUUUUAAGGUCAUAAACUUUGACAAGUCGAAAACGACUGUCAUUUGAAAAUCAAUGGACUUCGUCUUUGUCGUGGAGCGCUCAGUAGAUUCUGUGUAGUACUUUAAAUUAAUAAUAUAAUUAUAUCUUAUAUAAUAGUGUAUUUAAUAACAGUAGAACCUUUAAAGGUCAUAAAGUUUGACAAGUCGAAUACCCCUGUCACUUGAAAAUUAAUGGAUUUCAUGUCUUUGUUGUGGAGCGCUCAGUAGAUUCUGUGUAGUACUUUAAAUUAAUAAUAUAAUUAUAUCUAAUAUAAUAGUGUAUUUAAUCAUAGUAGAACCUUUUAAGGUCAUAAACUUUGACAAGUCGCAAACGACUGUCACUUGAAAAUUAAUGGAUUUCAUGUCUUUGUUGUGGAGCGCUCAGUAGAUUCUGUGUAGUACUUUAAAUUAAUAAUAUAAUUAUAUCUUAUAUAAUAGUGUAUUUAAUCACAGUAGAACCUUUAAAGGUCAUAAAGUUUGACAAGUCGAAUACCCCUGUCACUUGAAAAUUAAUGGAUUUCAUGUCUUUGUUGUGGAGCGCUCAGUAGAUUCUGUGUAGUACUUUUAAUUAAUAAUAUUAUAAUUAUAUCUUAUAUAAUAGUGUAUUUAAUCACAGUAGAACCUUUAAAGGUCAAUAACUUUGACAAGUCGAAUACCCCUGUCACUUGAAAAUUAAUGGUCUUCAUGUCUUUGUUGCGGAGCGAUUCUGAGUAAAACUUUGAAUUAAUAAUAUUAUUAUUAUAUCUAAUAUAAUAGUGUAUUUAAUCACAGUAGAACCUUUUUAAGGACAACAUUUUGACAAGUAGAAAAACCCAGUAAAUUAUAAAUUCAUGUAUACUGUAUCCCUCCCGAUAUUUCGAUAUAUACUUAAACUAACUAGUCUAUACAAAAGACUAAGAAAUUAAUACUGCAUCAUGUUUUGCUAUUUUAAUUCCUGAUAGCCUCCAUUAGGUACUCUUAAUUGUAAAUCUGUGUCCUACGUGUCAUGUAAUUCUGUAGUGACAAAUUAUCUUAUAAUGACAAAAAGUUUUAAAUUUGGAGUAACUUUAUAUUGCAUUUAUUAAUAACGCAGAAUAAGUGUGAUUCCUAACAUGCAAUUUUACUUAAUGCUUUCCCAUCACAACUCGAAUAAUUAAAUUAAAAAAAAACUUAGUCAAUAUUAAGUAUAUCUGCAAGCCGAAUAUUUAAAUAAUAAACAGUCUCUCUUCUUAUUCCUCUAAGGGGUUCUUCUGUAUUAAAACAAAAUAAAAUAUAAAAUAGAUGUAACAUUAAUCAUAAAAUAACAUAUUAUAACAUUCAAGUUAUUUAAUAAAUGUCUUA